UGCUUUCCUCGCUGCCUCUCGCGCGACGAUGACGUCACGGGCCUCCGUCCGGAGAGUGUGAGGAGCCCCGGGGUGGGCGGAACAUGGAGCGCCUGAAGGAGGGGGGGAGGCCGUUUAGCUCCCGGGAAGUGACCCGACUCCAGGAGGAGCAGAACAAGGUGGUCAGCGGCUGCCAAGAAAAAAUCCAGCACUGGAAGAAGGUAGAAAGCGACUAUGACGCUCUUCAGGAGAGGCUUGGGUCUUUGCCCGAUAAGCUGUCCUAUGACAUGAUGGUACCCUUCGGCCCACUAGCAUUUAUGCCAGGUCGACUCGUCCAAACCAAUGAGGUCACUGUCUUGCUCGGGGACAACUGGUUUGCCAAAUGUUCAGCCAAACAAGCCAUGAGUUUAGUUGACCACAGGAAAAAACAUGUCAGGAAAGCACUGGAAGAUCUUCAGGACGUCAUGAAGAAUUUUGAGUCCAGAAUGGAGUUCACAAAAGACCUGCAAAAAAUUAGCAAGGUAUCCAGUGACUACUUUGAUAUCAGGGAAGAAGUCAGCGAAGAGACCGUUUCCGUGAAAGCUGGAGGCAAACACCGUACAGCACACAAACCUCACUCAAAACCAAAGGCCGGAACCAGCUCCGUGGUGGAUUUUCGAGAAGAAGGGCCCAAAGACCCGUUCAUGGAGAAUGCGGCGCUCUGGGCCAGACUGGAGGAGCUGGAGAAACAAGAAGAGCUGGGAGGAGAGCUUGCAGAAAAAAUGGAAGCUCCUUCCCUCGGCAGCGAUUCCUGUAAGGAAGAAAACAAGGAGAACUUGAAGACCGAUCUAAACGUGAAGCAAAAUCAUCUCGCUGCGAGCAGUCAUACGAAAUCCGAAUUGUUGAACUCAGGCUGUGUGAACGGGACUCGGUCGCAGCAUAGCGACGAGGAAGACAGUUCUGCGAGCUAUAAAAAUCCCGUCGCCACCAUUUACUUUUCCCAUACGGUUGAACCAAAAAGGGUGAGAAUAAACACUGGAAAAAACACUACUCUGAAAUUCAGCGAAAAGAAAGAAGAAGCCAAAAGGAAAAGAAAAAACAGUAAUGGGAACGGUCACUCCGCCCUGGAACUGCCGGUUAUAAAGACACCAGCGGAUAUAUACAGAGUGUUUGUGGACGUGGUGAACGGAGAGUUAGUCCCCCGCAAAUCCAUCAUGAAGUCCCGCAGUCGCGAGGACAGCGUGUGCAGCGACACCAGCGAGAAUAGUUCGCACGAGCUGGAGGACAGAAGAGGGUACCAAAGGAACAUCAGCAUGGAGGACAACAUCUUCAGCGACCACAGUGAGGAGGAUGACCGGACGCAUAAAAAGCUGUCGUCUGUGUUUGGACCAUCAGAGGCGUUUUCAGGAACAGUCAUAGAGAAAGAGCCGUUCUCUAUAUCUGUGCCCAUGACCAGCAUCGCCCACCCAGCUCUGCCCACCAUCCAGGAGAAGAAGGCCGAGGAGUCCACCGAAGAGGGGGCCAAGAGAGUCUCAAAGUUCAAAGCUGCCAGGAUGCAACAGAACAUGUGAUACUGUGCGCAUCCACCUCCGUGUUCCCAGCCGCUCUGGAACACAACCCACCAAUGCAGGUCUGGAUGAUGUUUACUAGUUCAGUCUGUGCCAGGUCACCUUCAGUGGGCCAAAAAAAAAUAUGAAUUUGCAAUCAUUUUGAUAAUCUUCAAGUUUUUUUUUUUUU